UGGACGAACAGCAGCUUUGGAGAGGAGAAACAAGGAGAUAUAUUUAGUUUGGUUUUAGGCAAUCUUCCCCCGAAAGAAAUGGCUGUUUUGGAAUUAACUAUGGUUGGUGAACUGAAUGUUGAAGCUGGUGGUGCUGUGAGAUUUGUUUUACCUAAAGUGCUCAAACCUCGUUACACACCGACAGGAAGCAAUAACCCUCUGGCACCCGAAGUAUCUUCCGAUAGUGGGGCAACUGCAAAACAAGGGACUGGACCCGAUUCUUACCAGUUCAGCCUUGAAAUAGUUGAUGCACCAAACAUUGAUAAGGUGACAUCACCAUCACACAAGAUUUUUGCUGACAAUGACGGCGAAAAGAUCAAAGUGACUUUAACGGAAGUAAAACAAACUGAUAUUGUCAUUUUAGUGCAACCAAAAGAGAUAAACAAGCCAUUAAUUAUUGUUGAACCAGGUUUAUCAAAUGGUGAAAACAAUUUUCAAAAAUCUUCAGCAAUCAUGGUGAGCUUCAUCCCAGAAUUCAAGGGUGAAAAUAAUUGUCUUCAAGCAGCUUGUGAAUUUGUGUUUGUAAUUGAUCGAAGUGGUAGUAUGGCUGGAUCCUACAUCAAAGAUGCAGCUGAAACACUUCUACUCUUUCUUAAAAGUAUUCCUGAAGGAUGUUAUUUCAAUAUAAUAGGUUUUGGCAGCACAUAUGUUCACCUAUUUCCAGAAAGUGUUCCAUACAAUCAAAAAAAUUUGGAAACAGCUGUAAAACAUGCAAAGAAUCUUCAAGCUGAUUUGGGUGGUACUGAGCUAUUUGAUCCACUUAAAGAAAUAUUUAGUCAUGCAGCAAAGAAAGGUUUGCCAAGGCAGGUGUUUGUGCUAACUGAUGGAAGCAUAAGUAAUACUGACUCUGUCAUUCAACUUGUUGAAAAAAACUUCAACAACUCCAGAUGUUUUUCUUUUGGUAUCGGCUCUGGUGCAUCAACGACUUUAGUGAAAGGCAUUGCACAUGCUGGCAAAGGUGCUGCUGAGUUCAUUGUAUCUGGAGAGAGGAUGCAACCUAAGGUGAUAAGAUCACUGAAAAAAGCCAUGCAACCUGCUGUGACAGAUGUUCAAAUUUCAGUCACUGUUUCUGAGAAUAUAACAGUAAAUGUAGUUCCAAAAGAAAAGCUUCCACCUAUUUUUAUUGGUGAAUGUCUCAUUGUAUAUGCAAUUCUUCAUGACAAGUCACCAUCCUCUUCACCUCAAGAAGGAAAAAUACUCCUUAGUGGUGAUUUACUUGGAGCUAAAGUAGAGCAUAAGAUGAAGUUUCCAAUCAAACCAGCAGUGAAAAAAGAGACUGCUUCCCAAGUGUCAACUAUUCACCACCUUGCAGCCAAGAAGUUGAUAAAAGAAUUGGAGUUGGAUGGUGGAAAAAAGGCAGAGAUAAUCCAGCUAAGUUGUGACUCCAAUGUUAUAUCAUCACAAACUGCAUUUAUUGCCAUUGAUGAAGAUAGAAAACAAGCAGUUAAAGGAAGUUUGCACAGUUGGGAUUUAAUGCCUCAGGAGGAGGAAGAGUUCAUGUUGAUGAGUUUGAUGACUUACAGUGCAAGUAGCAAUUCGGAUGAAAUUGCAAGUUGUGCAACUAGGGGGCGAAGUUUAUCUCCAGAUCCAAUACUCUUUAAAAUGUGUAAAAGUGAAGAUGAAACCCUAAGUUUAAAAGAGGCAAAUCAUUUUUAUGGAGGUUUUGAUGAUGAUGAUUUAGAAUAUCAAAGUUUAGGGAAUGUCAAACAUGACAGAGAUUCAAGUAAUCCACUUUCACAGAUAAUCAAUCUUCAGCUAGCAAAUGGUGCCUGGGAAUUGACGUCAGAAUUAUCAAAUAUGGUUGGUAAAUCAAUAACAGAUCUAAAAGAUGCCUGUCCAGUGUCAUGCAAUGGAAAUAUGAUGACAAUAUGGGCAACAUGUAUUGUUUUGGCAUAUCUGGACAUUCACUUAUCCACUGUUAAAGAUGAAUGGGAGUUGGUUGGUAUGAAAGCAAAAUCUUGGCUUAUGAUGCAAGUUCUACCACAAGGAUAUUCCUAUGAAGAUUUACUUGAAAAAGCAAACCAAAUUCUCAAGUCUCAGCCUCCCGCGAUCUCCGUGAAUGCAAAACUACUAUUAAAAUGAAACACCCCGAAAUUCAAAACGCGCUUCUUGCAAAGUGUUGUAAUCUUUCUACCGGCAUAUCACUCCUAAUUUUCUUUAUUUUGCAUAUAUUUACGUGAUAUUUGAAAUAAAUUCGUGUUGAAUCUCUUAUGUAACUUA